AUGCCGUCCCCUUUUCUGGGUUUCCUUCUUCCGAUGGGCGCGCAUCUUGACGAGCCGUGUCAAUCAUAUCCGCUACCCCGAUUUUGGUCUUGGGCGGCGGCUUCUUGCACUGGAGUUUUUUAUUCAAUUGUCAAGACGCGUCUCUGGAAUCGCAUCGUCCCAUGGCGGUUUUGUCUCGUCUUCCUCCACCCGGAAACGCAGACCGGCGCCAUCUGGCUUUGUUUGCUGGGGAAAACAAAUGACAGUCAGUUAUUGAACGAGAUCUCGAUAGACGUCCAGGAAUGCAUCGACGACAAGAAAAAGCCUCUGUGCCAGGUGCCUGUUCCCGAAGAGUCAGCAAAGCAGGGUCCAUUUGCCCCCCCACAGCGUGUCAGCCCACUAGAAAUCCACUGGUGCUCCCUGUGCCAAUGCCUCAAUCCGCCGAGCUCCGCUGUACUUGCUGGUAGCGCUGCUGGCCAGGCCCGCCAAACACCACCACGCCCCCAGCGUCUUCAGGGCGCCCAGCGCCCGAAUUGGCUGCCCGUCUUGCUCUCUUGCGGCGAAGCUGGUUCCACAUCCCUGUUUUCGCCGUCUCGGUCUCACCAUUCUGACCUGGCAUAUCUUCGCCUGAACAUACUCAUCUGUACAUUUCACCCUCCAAAAAUCAAUAGACCAUCGACGACUGCCCUCCUCCCCCUCCCAAGACCAACGGAACCGCCCAUCACCUUUCGCCAACGCGCCGCUGCAUUGCCCGUCGUCCUCGUCUUUGGCGCGCCGCCCAAAGCCAACCUCCUUGACGCUUUUGGGAGGCCGACUCCAUCCACUCUUUUUUCUUUGAAAACCUCUCACUGUCGCUUUCGGUUGCUCUUUUCUGGGCUAGAUUUGCUUGAAACAAGACGACAAUCGUUCCAACCGCUCGGCCGACCGUUUCUUCCUCCUCGCUCGCCCCGAUUCUCGUUAUUCUAUUUCCUACCCCCGGCCGUCGCCAUGGGAAUCGGCUACAAAUGGAUUCUGAGCUUUUGCAUGCUCGUCGUCCCCAUCGCCAUCACCCUCGGCGUCCUCUUCCCGCUUCAAAACGCGCACAGGAGCGGCGGCAACGCUGGUAGCGUCCUCGGCGGUGGCGGCGUCGGUACCGGGCCUGGCUCAGGCGGCGCACCCAAGCCUAAGAACAAUAAUGUUGAACUCGCCACGGCGUGCACCCAGUUUGCCGAUCUGGGCAACCCCCAGCGUUAUUACUGGGACAAGAGUCAACAACAAUAUACAUUCAACCCCAAUCAAUGGGGUCUCACCAGCGGCGCAAAGAGCGGCAUGUGUAUGGAUGUCCUCUUCAACAACAAUGGCACUUAUGCCAAACCUGAGCUGGCUCCUCCAUUCCAGGUUACCUGGUCAUACACUCCUGCUCCCCAAGGACAAAACAAUGUGCACGCCUUCGCCAACAUCAAGCUCGAAAAGAUAUUUCCCAAGAAAUUCAGCACCAUAAAGAAGCUCUUCGUCGAUUUUGAAUGGAAGUAUGUCACAGGCAACGACAACUCGACGGCUAGCGAAACAGCGACCCUCGCUGCUGGCACCACCGUCAACACCAACGUCGCCAUUGAUAUGUUUGCCGACACGAACAGCGAUACGUCCAAGAACAACGAAAAGGCAGCUUUCGAAAUCAUGAUAUGGUUUGCUGCCAUUGGUCCUUCUGCGCACGUUAUUGGCCAAGAUACGACAUCGGUGGUCACAACACUACCUCUGCAGGAUACUACCACGAACGCGCAGGUCCUCUUUGACUUGUAUGCCGACAAGCAUCCCACCACCAGCCAGUUCGUCCUGACCUGGAAGGCUAAAACGAUUACGGAAAAGUUUCACGGCGAUGUGUACCCGUUGAUUGAAUACAUCCUCACGGCUGGCAACUCGAGCUACCCGAGCUCUGAGGCCUAUCUCGGCUCAUUCGGCAUGGGCACCGAAGCGUACGAUUCGCCGUCCAACGUGACGUUUUACUGCCCCGACUUUGCCGUCCAGGUAGAAUAA